CCUACGAGAUGGUGCUGACAAAGAUAAAGCAUUUUGUAAAUUCUAUAGAACGUCUAAUCAUAGUAUCCCAUUAAUGUUGUGACGUGUUAUAUUUUUUUAACUAAAUCUUAAAGAAUUGAUUGUACAGAUUAAUAGAGAACGGCGGACACUUUAGGUAAUUCGAUGCUGGGUAUAUUAUAUGUUGAAGUCGUGCGACUAUUGCUGAAUGUUAUAAGAUGACGAGGUUAGGAAAGUAAAAUGAUGCAAGAUGAGGAUCUCGGUGGUCCAGCCAGACGGAAUGUUUUUAUCCAAACAAUAUCAAGAAUGUCACAGAUUCAUCAACGAUACUUAGACUUGUGGACUCCACAUGUUGUAUCAAGAUGGAUGUUUGCUUUAUUUCUAGUAGUCAUUUUUGUUCUACGUAUAUUCCUUUCUCAGGGAUGGUAUAUUGUAACAUAUGCAUUAGGAAUUUAUCAUUUGAAUUUAUUCAUAGCAUUCCUUACACCGAAGAUCGAUCCUGCAAUGGAUUUGGAUGAUAUUGAAGGUCCAGAGUUACCUACAAGAGCCAACGAAGAAUUUAGGCCAUUUAUAAGAAGAUUGCCUGAAUUUAAAUUUUGGUACUCUGUGAUAAAAUCUACAAUCUUUGCUAUGAUAUGCACUUUUUUCGAUUUCUUUAAUAUACCAGUAUUUUGGCCAAUAUUAGUUAUGUAUUUCAUAACAUUAUUCUGUAUUACAAUGAAGCGUCAAAUUAAGCAUAUGAUCAAGUACAGAUAUUUACCUUUCACUCAUGGAAAACCAAAGUAUCAAAAUCAUGAGGAUACUUCAAGGUUAAUACCAUCAAACUGAGUAGAUGAAAAAAUGCUUGUUUAUGCAAGCAUAUAAGUGUAGAUUUCAACUUUCCAAACAUCGGAUGGAAAAAUAAGUGAAAUUCGAUUAUGGAACAUUUUUUUCUAUGACGUUAUGUACGAAUAACUUCGUUUCUUUCUACAAGGGAAGGAUUAUUCUGCACAAGCGUUAUUCCAAAAUAUCAUGUUAUGCGAUAUAUAAACUGAAUCACAUCAUAAUAUAUGUGUAUCAUAAAACUUGUACAAAGUAUUGUUAGGUCUUACAUAAAUGUGGACACAGUAACAAUAUGAACAAUAUACAGCUAUUGAUGUAAUAUUAAAUUAUCACUGAAUGUAAAAAUUAAUUCAUAUUCAUAGAAUUCGCAAUAUAGUCUCAGAUCCAUUUCUUAACUUUA